UUAGUCCAUGCGGUGGUUGGGUUGUAUUUAUUUGGGCCUUAAAUAAUCAGCAUGUGACAUGCACGUGGUAGAACCCUUGACUUGAAGGGAUUUGGGAUUUAGGGAUUUUGGGCAUCAAACCAGCCAAGAAACUUGAGAGAGAGAGGAAAAGGAAAAUUGGAAACAGGGAGUGAGCGAGGGAGGAUAGUGACUCAUAAAUAACUCAGAAGAAGAAGAGGGCAAAUCAAAGAUUACAAAGGAAGGGAUGUCAGAUCCGUUCGAGAGAGUGAAAGCAGGCAGGCUGACCUUCAAAGAUGGAAGUGUGGCCACUCGCAGCAAAGCCAUCGACAAGAAGAAGAACAAGAAGAAGAAGAAGAAGCAGCAGCAGCUUAAUCCUAACGACGAUGGCCCUAACCCUACUGGGCCCACCGACCUUGAGGUAGUGCCUGAGGACGCAGGCGCAGAAGCAGCAGCCGGAGGACCUGAGACUUACACCAUUGACGCGGCGAAGCGCAUGAAGUACGAUCAACUCUUCCCCGUCGAGGCCAAGAAGUUCGGUUACGAUCCCAAAUCUGUCGCACACAAGUCCAUCGAGGACGCUCUUGACGACCGUGUCAAGAAGAAAGCCGACCGCUACUGUAAAUAGAUAUCAAUUUCACACAUAUCGGUUUCCUGUUCUUCUUCUGCUUCCCCAAUUCCCAGGAACGGCAUGGUGGAGUUGCUGAGUUUGCAGGAAUUCUUAUUUAGAGACUGCCAUUGCAUAAUUGACCAAACGUACUCAGUUCUGUACUUUUAAUUCAGAGAUUGCUCCAUGCUUACUGUACCCUUGAAUAUGUUCUAUUAGUGGGCGUCGCUGCAUCGUGUGGUUGCUCUGAAUCUUGUUGUUUGUUUUUACCAUACCUUGUCAUAUUAGUUAGGCAUGAAUGGAUUCAUUUAUAAUUUUGUACUCGCACUGCCACUUAGUCUAACAAGCUGUUAAAUUUUGGCUCUUGAUC